UUCACAGUUCAGAUCAAUAAUGGUGUCAUCGGUUCGGUUGCAGAGAAUCGUGUUCAAUGAAGAAAUGUGGAAUUACAGUGAAGGGCAAAUCGAAGGAGGCGCAUUGAACAACUGGUGGGACGAAAUCAACAACUCCAAAGCAUGGCAGGAAGGCAUCUUCUAUAUUCUCUGUGCCAUUUACUCAGUCAUCUCCUUCAUAGCCCUUGUGCAACUCAUCCGGAUCCAACUGAGAGUACCAGAAAAUUGGUGGACAAUACAAAAGGUUUUCCACUUGAUGAAUUUUAUUGUGAAUGGAUUACGUGCUAUUCUUUUUGGACUGUACAAAAAUGUGUUUGUUCUCAGCCCAAAAGUUCUUGAAAUAGUUCUUUUGGAUCUUCCUGGUCUCCUAUUUUUCUCAACAUACACAUUACUUGUGUUAUUCUGGGCAGAGAUAUAUCACCAGGCAAGAAGCCUUCCCAUUAAUAAGCUUAAGUCAGCAUAUUUGAUUAUCAAUGGAGUUGUGUACUUUAUACAGGUAUGCAUUUGGAUAUAUAUGAGUAUAAGUGGAAAACCUGUUGCAGUGGAAGUUGCUAAAUUCUACUUCUCAGUAAUUUCAUUUGUUGCUGCUCUUGGAUUCUUGAUAUAUGGUGGGAGGUUGUUCUUCAUGUUGAGGUGUUUCCCGAUUGAAUCAAGGGGACGCCAAACAAAGCUGAAUGAGGUUGGCUUUGUCACUGGGAUAUGUUGCACUUGUUUCUUGAUAAGGUGCUUUGUGGUUGCUCUAUCUGCUGUCAAUGAUGGUGCUAAACUAGAUGUUCUAAACCAUCCUCUUCUAAGUUUUAUUUAUUACAUGAUAGCAGAGAUUAUUCCAUCAUCUCUGGUACUUUUCAUCCUUAGGAAAGUGCCCCCAAGGCGUGUUUCUACUCAGUAUCAUCCUAUCCAGUGAAGAGGGCAUAUGCCAAGAGGUAUACUUCUUUACAACUGGUCAGAUUAGUGGAUAUCGUGGAACUCCUAUUACCUUCUUGC